AUGACCCUCACUGUGAUGGAUGAAGCUCCAAAAGCAGUGCUUGUUCCAUCUGUAGGCAAAUGUGCCUUAUCUGAGAACAGGGUGCAUGUAUUUGCCAAAGUAGAGGAUGAGGUCAUUGCGCAUCCAGAAGCCAUAUUAGCAAUCAUAGUCAUUAUCCACGAAGCGAUUACCUACCAGUGUCCUACAGACAUUUCAGUCACAUCAAUUUCACUCCAUAAUGGUCACCACAAUCCCAAACCGCUUUCUCUCGCUGAUUUCCUUCAGUUAUUCUCUACACCACAAGGGUUCAACCAGCCAAUCAGGGUCGCUGAUCAUGACUGGACUCACCUGGAUUCUGUGGAGUCUUUUGUAUGGGUGAAAGGUGACGGGGAGGGGCAACUGUACCAACAAUGGUUGAGGGUGGUUUGCUGA